UUGAUAUGCGAAAGCAAAACAAAACUUGAGUUUCUCAUAGAUGUACAGAAAUACAUAUAAUUUUGGAAAACCUACAAACAAUAGACAAUUAAAAAUGAAUAGGUGUUGAAACUACUAUAAAAAGCAAACAAAACUAUAAACUUUUAAUUUAAAAAAUAAAUAUUGAUAUUUAACAAAUAGCUGAAUCAAUAGCAGACAUUUUAAAUGUCGAAUGAAACUUCGAUUAGAAAAAACCACAUAACAAUAAAUAAAUAUAAAAGACCUUGCAACUAUUUGAAUUGAAAUGAAAUGCCUAAAUAAAUAAUAGAAUAAAUUCCAAUAAACACGCAAAUCUAAAACAAACAAUGUCGUCCAAUAGUGUCUAAAAAAUAUAUAAAUAGAAAGCGUAAGAAGCAAAAUAGCAAUCGAAGUGAAAGUAAACAUUGAUAAAUAUCAAAAUUUGAUUUAAUCAUAACAAAAGCAGUGGAACCUAAACACAAUGUCCAUGGCAUUAUGCAAUUUAAAUGGUGACGGCAGUGCGGCGCAGUCGACGUCGCAGUCACAGUCACCGGCCGCCGCCGCCGCCGCCGCCGCAGCUGCAGCGCCGUUGCUGUCUCACUCGCACUCGCACACGCUGCAGCAGGAGAGCACGCCGCUGCUCCUGGGACACGAGCACAGCAGCGGCAGCGGCACAGCCGCGGCAGAGGGCAGUGGCGGCGGCAGCGGCGGCGACGUCACAGACGUAGCGGUAACUUCCAUUGAAAUGCCCACUGUUGUUGCCAACGAUGGCGGUGUACCGUCGCUGCCGCUGCCUCUGCCGCAGUCGACGCCGCAGCCGAUGCUUAUGGCACUGCCAGCCAAUCUAAACUUCGUAACGGGACCCACGACUCAGCAACUGAUGAUCGGUAAUGGCGCCAUGGGCGUACUUCCCUCGACCAAUGACAGCAACAAUAACAAUAACAACAACAACAAUGUGGACAAUACUAGCGACGAAUCGAACCCGGUCACCAUUUACAGGUGCCGGGCUCCCAUUGCGUCACUCGACUGUAUGGAGGAGUUCAGUGGUACGGGCGGUCAUCUUGAUUUCGGCCGUUCGAUCAGCUUGGGCUCCAAUCCGGCGCUACCACUGCGCCAUGGUUCCACGCCGACGCCGGGGCUGCGGUACAAGAAUCUGGGCAAGAGCGGGCUGCGCAUCUCGAACGUGGGACUGGGCACCUGGCCGGUCUUCUCGCCGGGCGUGAGCGAUGACCAGGCGGAGGCCAUACUCAAGCUGGCCAUCGAGAGCGGUAUCAAUCUGUUUGACAUCUCGGAGGCGCACUCGGAGACGGAGAUCGGCAAGAUACUGCAGCGGGCGGGCUGGAAGAGGACCGCCUAUGUCAUCACCACGAAGGUCUACUGGAGCACCAAGUCGGAGGAACGCGGUCUCUCGCGGAAACACAUCAUCGAAUGUGUGCGUGCCAGUUUGCAGCGAUUGCAGCUGCAGUACAUCGACAUUGUCAUCAUCCACAAGGCGGAUCCCAUGUGUCCCAUGGAGGUGGUGCGCGCCAUGAGCUACGUGAUACAGCAGGGCUGGGCCAUGUACUGGGGCACCGCACGUUGGAGCCAGGUGGAGAUCAUGGAGGCGUACACCAAUUGCCGCCAGUUCAACUGCAUCACGCCCAUUGUGGAGCAGUCCGAGUACCACAUGUUCUGUCGCGAAAAGUGCGAACUCUACCUGCCGGAGAUGUACAACAAGAUCGGCGUCGGCCUCAUGGCCUGGGGUCCGCUCUCGAUGGCGCUCAGUGACACCCAGAAUGGCGACAAGCUCUUCCUGCCCAAGGGCUCCUUCAAGACGAAGAGCUUCUCCUGGACCGAGGACGAGAUCAAUCGCAAUGCCGCUCUGUCGCCGCAGGGCAGUUGGGGCAAGGACCGCAUUGACGAGGGGCGCCGCCACUGCGACCGCCUCCGUGACCUUGCCGCCCUCGCCGAGAAGCUGGGCUGCAGCCCCACCCAACUGUCCAUCGCCUGGUCGCUGAAGCAUGAGCCAGUGCAAUGCCUCUUGCUGGGCGCCACAUCGGCGGAGCAGCUGCACCAGAGUCUGCAGUCGUUGCAGCUGCUGCCACGACUCUCCUCGAGCGUUAUGCUGGAGCUGGAAAGGAUAUUGGAGAACAAACCGGUGCGGCCGCCGAUGAUCUCGACAUUGGCGCUCCGGUGACAAUCAGCGUGCCCGCAGGGGCCGCUCAGCCUGAGCGGUGGCGGACCCUGCGGCGCCGAUUCACCCAAGCACGAGGAUGAGGCCUUCAUUGAGGAGGUGGACGCUGCCAAGGACGCUGCCAAGCAGGGCUUCUGCCUCAUCCAGUGACAAAAGGAGUCCUUAGAUAACGAUAAUAAAUUUUUGAAAGUGAUUAGCAGUAAAACUAGCCUAAGUAGCAAUACCAUGACGACAACAAUAAGCAAGCAGGAGCAGCAGCAGCAACAGCAGCAUCAGCAGCAGCAGCAGCAACAACAGCAGCAGCAGCAGCAACAUCAGCAAUAUGUGCAACUACAGCAGCAACAUUUGGUGACCAGCGAUUCGGCGGCAGCUGUUCCCAUCCCGUCAGCUGACCUUCAGUUUGAUACCCUGAAUAAUAACAACAACAACAGCAAUAACAACAAUGGCAGUCCGGAGCAGGCACUGCCCUCCACUGGCGAUGAGCGCCAGAAACGUCGCUCCCUUCUGAACUUCAAGUCCCUGGACUUCCAUCUAAAGUCCCUGUACAGCGGCCUACGUAGUACCUCAGGCACAACUCCACCCAGUCAACCGAAUAGCUCCGUGCCGGCGGUGGAUCAGCCGCAGCGCAGGAUGCCCUACUUGCGGGUGGAGAGCGUGGAUCCCGAGGAGCCGCGAGGAUCUGUACUCCCAGGACAUUCGCCCAGCUUUCUGUCGCCCUACAGCGGCGUUGGCGCCGGAGUCACUAGCCUGCAGUUGCCCACAUCGGAUGGCGGCACCAUUCGGAGAUCCUCGACCUCGGACAUUGUCAAUUGCAGGCGGGGAGGGGGAGCAGGGGGAACGGGCGGUGGUGUAGCCUCCGCGCAGGACAGCAGGAGGCCCAGCACCUCGGAUUUGCUGAGGAAGGCCAGGGAGCGGAAGGGCAGCGAGGCCAGGAUGGGCAGAAGUGUCUCCCACAGUGGGCUAACCAGGGGCGGACCCGGCGGAGGAGGUGGUGGCCUCGGCGGGCGACGAACCAGCAUGGCCUUCUAAAAACAAAAAAACGAAAAUAAAAAGAAAUAGAGCAAAAACUAUGGGAAAACAAACUUAAGCAAUGAGAGGGAUGGCGAAGCAAAAACUGUUGAUCAAAUCUGAAUCAGAAAUAGGCUGACAAAAUGGCGCUUAUGAAUUUUUAUCUAGUGAAGAAGAAAAAUAAAAACAAAAAAAAGAUGAAAAAAAAUUAACAAUAAUAGAGCAGCUAUUAAGGAACGACUUUUUUGUGGAUCUAUUAUAAUUAUGAUUAUUAUAUGGUUACUACAAUUGCGCCUCGAAAGAACUAAAGUUAGUAGAUAAAUUAAUGCAAGUAAUGAACAGAAAACAUAACAUUUCAUCUCUCUUUAACUCUGUAUCUCUCUCUCUCUCUCCCCCCCUUCCGGCAAAUUUAAUAUAUAUGUAUAUGUAUAUAUAUAUAUUUAAAGAACCCCCAACUUUUAUGACAAUAUUAGAACCUAACUAUCGUGUACUAUCGUUAAUUAUCGCCUGGCAAAAGCUCUAAAACUAACCUGCGUUCCAACCCAAAAAGAAAACCCAAUAAUGAUUCAAGAUCGAUCCAUUGUAUCACCACACUGUGAGAGUUCAUAUCAAGCCAGAAGGAUGAAGGAUGAAGGAUGAAGGUUAAAGUAUGAAGGAUGAAGGAUACCCAAAUAUGUACUAUGCUAUGGGAUAGUGUCUUUUUCAUUAAUCGAUUUGUAGACUUAACGAGUGUUAAACGAUUGUUAACGAUUGACUUGAGGCGAGGCGCUGAAAAUGGACAGCGACUAAAGAUUACUAUAUACGAUAUAUAGCAGUGUCGUAUAAAUAAAUUUUAGCUAAACUAAUGAACAAAUAAAAAAAAGAGUAUGAGAAUAAAAACACUCAAAUGGUAAACAACAAAGAAACAAUUCAAAUCAAAUCUUAUUAAAUAGACAUUACUAGCAUUAUGUAGUUAAUUAAAUAACAAUUCAAGCGAAAUUUUUUUAAAUCAACAAACGAAAAACAAAGCAAAUGCCUUUCAUAACAGCAACAACAACAACAACAAAAACAAAAACAAAUUUAUAUUUUAAAUAUAUACCGUAUAUAUAUAGAGAUAUACACACACACACACACACAUAUACAUAUGUGAAAAUAACGAAAGCGAAGAAAAAUAAAACAAAGCAGCAACAAAUUGUUAUUAAUUAAUUGUAGUCCAUUAUCCGGAUGGCCCAUAUCCCAUACAUCAUAUAUAAGUGAAUGAAACACCAAUAUAGCAAUAUGUAGGAUAUACAUAUAGAGGAGUUCCCGAACACCCUCCCGAAUACCAUGUAUUUUAUCAUCAUUAUCGAGUACAUAUAUAAAGUCUUUCUCACAUACGGACUGUGAUUUCAUAUAAAAGUAAACGUAAACGUAAACGUAAAAGUAAACAAUUAAUUAUUAUAUCUAACCUAAUGUAAUUAAAGGCUAAGUUCAUUCGAAAGAACUCACACACACACACACAACACACACACACACAUUGCCCGCAAAAACACGCAUGUAAUUUGAGGAUCUGUUUGAAAAAAAAAAAACAGAAGCAUAAAUAGCAAUUUUCAAAUCGAAUGGCAUUAUAUACUGAUACUCUCUACAAUUAAUUAACCAAAUGCGAUUGCCUUAAUAACGAAUAAUGAAUUAAAAACACUGGAUCUAAUCAGAUCGGAUCGGAUAUAACCCAGUCGGGAGCCGGUUUCCUCAAACUUCAGUUCCAGAUCGGAAUACAUUAUAUACACGCAUUCCCAUUUACAUUUACAUUUACAUACAAGUACAUACAUAUAUUCCCCGCACUGUUGCUUGAGAAAUCGCCCCGCGCAGAGAAAUACCAUAUAUAUAGUAUACAUUGAUUUAGCUCCAUCGGAUCACUCACUGAAUAAAUAUAUAUAUAUAUAUAUAGUAUAUAUAGGGAGUACUAUACUAUAUACGAGAGUAAUUGCAUUUUUUAGUAAGUAGUUAAUCCGUCCUCAACAAACGGCCAACCAAAAAAAAGCGACAAAUUAUUGCGAUCGGCGCUGCUCAAUUGAUAACCCAAAGCAAAAAUAUUCGAAAGUAUUCAAAAAUAUUCAAAAAUAUUUAAAAAUAUUGCCAGAAUCUGACACAUUUUCACAUUCGGGAAAUUAAAUGUAUUUUUUUUCAAACUUCUCAACUUGCAAUUGUGAAGAUUAGAGUUUGUUAUUGUUGGAGGUUGUGAUAUUAAUUGAAAAAUUGCUGAAAACAAAUCAAAUACAUAUCUGCAAAUGGGCGAUUUAUGUUACUUUGAUACCUUUUUAUGUGUUCGACUAAAACUUCAACUUAUCGCUGUGGAGCAAUAUCCUUAGCAAUAUUAGCCAUUAGGUUGAUUUCUUACAACAUAUUUAGUUUUUAUAGCUUUUAUAAACAUAAAUAGAGUGUACAUUUAGUUUGAGCUUAAAGAGGAGUUUAUGCUGAAUGGGUAUUCAAUUAAAGAGCAGCGCCUGUCGGUAGAUCCAAUCAUCAAUUGUGGCCAAGCCCCCUAAAAAAAGGAAAACUGAAACAAA